AUGGAAGAGCAUAAGCAACAAACGAUUCCGCUGCCCGCACUCCUAGGAACACUAACGUCUGAAGAGCGGCAAAUACUGCUGAGAUUUAAAGAGUCCUUGGGGGGAAAUUUUGAUGAUGAUACCUUAGGCAGAUUUCUUCGUGCAAGAAAAUUCAAAUUUGAUAAAGCAAUGGAGAUGUUUCAAAAUUAUGGGGAAUUGGAAUAUAAAGAAUUUAAAAAUUAUGGUUUAUAGAUAAAUUGCAGAAAAGUUAAGGGUUUUGGCUUGGAAAUUGAGGUAAAAUUUAAAUAAAUAGAGGCUACUUAAAGUGAAGAGAAGAAUUUGGAGUUGAUGGUAAGCGAAUUUAUGAGCAUCUAGAGACAAUGGCGUUCGGCGGGGUAAUAAAAGAACCAUUAACUCUUUGGGACAUAGUAAAUGCUCUGCCAAAAAAAUCAAUAGCACAAUUUGUAUUUCAGCUGCUAGCAAAUAAUAAUUUUGAGUAUCAAUCAAUGCAGACUGCAAUUAAGCUUUUGCAAGCCCUUAUCACCCCUGAUAGGUCAAAUUCACCAUUCAGCUAUUUUUAUUUUCCAGGACCAGGUUGCGGUUUACAGUUAAACCCAGGUUAUAUUAGAUUAAAGUUAGAAUGAGUCUUCGCGGCUUAUUUCAGCCCCUCUCUGCCUUCCUAACUUCAGGCUCUUCACCCUAGGCAUUGAUCAGCACUAAGGCCCUUUUCUGUUGAUUACACCAAAAAAUGGUGACGUCGCCAUCUCUCGGAAGGACUCACCAGAUACUUUCUUGGACAACCCUAAGCAGUCAGCAUAAUUUAUCCGGGGAUAGGAGAUAUGACAUGCCCCUAAUCUCCUUCUGUCCCCAUUACCCUCCGCAUCCAGAAGUGUGGAGUUGUCUUAUGGUCUCUGGCUUCCUUGUCUAGGGUCGGAGUAAAACCUACCCCGGGCACAAAGUUCCAGACCCCUUGCCCUCUGAAUGCCCAAAACCCCGAGGGUAUGGGAGAAGGACGGGUCGGACAAGUCACUAUUUUAUUUGUGUUAAACCCAGAAGAUUUUCAAAUUUUCCCGUUCCAAAAAGCAAUUUCAGCUUGUUUUUGGAUAAGACUUGAAGACCUAAACUUAAACACCCCUUCAACUUUAAUGCUAUUUCACUCACAAGGAAAUGGCGGGAUUGAAGCAUAUUUUAUUGGAAACAAGCUUUAUUAUAGAGUGCUUGGCGUUGAUUAUUCCCCACCAGUAGAAGGCUCUAAUGGAAUUUUGCUUCACGAAUUCCAGCCUGAAGAUUGGACAUUUCUAGCAUUUGAGCACGAAAAACCCAAAGUUGGGAAAUAUCAGUUAAGAGUGGUAGUAAAUGGAGAAGAAGUGCUGAAUUCUCCGAUGGAUUACCCAAAAUUCAAAUCUCCGAACCCUAUUUUGACGCAAGCUGCGUUUUGUCUAAGCUUUAUAGGCCAAAUCAAGUGCAUCAUGAUUUUUGAUGACUUGAUUUCUGUGCAACGGAUGAAGUCAAUAUACCAAAAAUCGAAUGGAGCUAUCUCACAAGGUCAUGAAGCAAUAAAAGCACUAGUUCGAGGAAUUGAUAAAAAUUUGAAUAAAAAGCUUGUGCUUUUUUAUCAUCCACUCAGGACGAAUAAUAAUAUAUAAUAAGUCAAAUAAGCUGAAUAUAUUCAUGCUUAUAAAGAAAUUUAUUAUUUAUAAAAAAUGAAGAAUAAGUCUCUAUAAAUAAAUAUUUGUUAUCUUAAAAGAAAUAGCUUAUGAUGGAGUUAGAAAAGCAGAUGCCAAGUUUCUAGGAGGAACUGGGGUCAAGCUAGUAAAUCAAAGUAGAAUGUCAUGCUUUGGUGGGGUCUGUGCACUCUUACCAAUUUUAGAAAAAAUAAAAAAUAUCCCUAUAAAAACCUCAGAAUUAUUAAGUGAUUGAUUUGGGCUUCUAAUAACAUGCUUAAGAGAUAGGCCAGAAAAUCAAGUCGAAGCUUGUAUAAUGAAACUUUUUAAAGCCGCCCCUGAACUUCUCUUGCAAUUUCCGCCUAACUCUAUAACUGAAGAAAUAGUCCAGCAAUUAGAAGAAAUUUCUCAAUUUGUAAUGCCUCAAUUGCGAGACCAAUUAACUGGACAUUUACUAUGGUUCUUAGAUAUUUGGAAAAAAACAGAAAAAAAUACUCACUCCUCCCUUUUAAAUUUGGAUAAAGAUCAGCAUUUUUUUGAUAAAUUAGCCCGUAAAUUUUCAAUAAAAGUUUGAUAAGUAAAUAAGAAUUUUAUAUAAAUAGUUUCGACCGAAUUUAAUGAAGGAGUGCUACUUAAAUAUCUAGUACAUUAAUUCGAUUAAUUUUUUUAUAAAAAUAAAUUAAAUUAUCAAGUAUUUUUAAUUUAUACUGAUAAUAUUAAUUUCUAAUUUAAAGUAGAUAUGUUAGGUAAAAUUAUUUAAAUUAUUAAAAUCUUUAUAUACGAAGGCUUAAACUAAACUUUAUUAAGAUCAUAGAAAGACUCCUGCAUGCAUUCACAUGAAGUAUUCACCUCUAUAACGCGCCUCUCCUUAUUUGUCAAUUCUUUCGGGUCUCUAUUGCUGAUUCUCACAGAAGAAGGCUUGUACUCUCUCUAAAUCUGAGACACUGGAUUACUGUGUCGUUCGCCAUCGGGACUCACCUUCCAGAAAAUUCGAAAAAUCGGAAACUCUAGGCCCAGCCCUUUUCAGCCUUGAGUACUAUCUCCCAAAGAGGUAAAACCUAGACCUGGAUAAGAGAAUGUGGUUGAUCCUGGCAAUGUAGUUCACCAAAAAAUACAAAUUAUCGAGCACCAUCCUUCCACGAUGUUCCUGAAUACUACAGGUGCUAAGAUGGGAUGGCUCGCCACGCCAUUUUAAUGUAUGUGUAUACGAAGGCACCAAAGCAACUUAGCAAGCAGGUUGACAUUAAAAUGAUCCUUGAAUUGCUGAUAUGUCAUUAUGGAGGAAAUGAUAUGAUGGUUUCUGAAGAGCAAAAUAAAGAGCAGAUAUGUGAUAUUGUGUCAGUAAUUGAAAUUAUAUUUUUAACAGUUGGAGAAGCUAUGGCUGCUGAGAUAAAUAAUAUAAUUUCUGCACUCUUCGGCAAAUCAUCUUCCUUUAUUCAAAUUCAACUAUUGCAACUACUAAAAACUCUUCUUAGUGACAGGCCUGGCGAUGUAUUCGGCGCUCCAGCUUCAGUUUUUGCUAAAAAUUUCAUUGAUGCAUCAGGUCUUGAGCUUUUGCUAUUUUUAAUAUCAUCUUCAGUCUCAGAAGUUAGAACUUUGAGUCUUGCAUUAACUGACACCAUUUUAAAUUACUCUACCAAGACUCAGAUUGCAAGCCAUAAAGAAAUUUUUGUCUAUAUAAGUUCAAUUGUAUUGCCGACUCCUAAAGGCAUGAGUGGCUCUUUUAAAUAUUGGCAGCAUUCCAUAAUAUCACCGCACGAUACUUUUCAAUCAAUAAGUUCAAAAGAGGAAGAAUCAGUCGAAUUUAUUAUUCUGCACCAGGUUAAUUCCAAAGCUAGUAUUUAUAUGAAGAUUUGCAUUAAUAAAUAAUUAUUUCCAAUGCUUUUAUUUAAUUAAAUUAAGUUUACUUCAAAACUACCAUCACUUCAAAUAUCUGAUGAAAAUAUUAAAGGGCCACCUAUGUCAAAAUUCAAAAAACAAAUGAAAUUUGGGUUUUUAGAUGAAGAAGAGGAAGAAAUUAAAGAUACAAAGGAGACUAAAUUCGACGAAGAAGAGGAAGAUUUUGGGAUUAAGCCUCCACCAGCUCCAUCAUCAAAGAAAAAAAUCAGUUUUACUUUUUCUGAUCCAAAACCGAUCGAGGCGCCUCGAGAAGCUCCUAAAAAACAGGGUGGGUUUAUAUUUGACGAAGAUGAAGAUGCUCCAUUAGCUCCACCACCACCUAAGAAAAAUAUGAAAAUGAGUUUUGAUGAAAAUGCUUUCUCAGCUCCCAAAAAAGAUGCCCAAAUCAAUUUUGAUGAAGAAAUUUUAAAAAUCCCAGCCUCGAAAAAGGAGCCAAAAAUGAAUUUUGAAGAAAAUGUCAUAGUUGCCCCUCCUCCACCUAAAGGAAAAAAACCAAAAAGGAACUUAAUGAUUUUUGAAGACGCUGAAGAAGAUAUACAAUUAACAGAAUUACCUAUGACUGAGAGAUUUAUAGAGCCAGAAGUCUCAGAAAGCAUUGACUUAUCAAAAACUCAAAAUUCCUCAAAAAUCGUUAAGUCCUUCAGCCAAGGCAGAAAAAUGCCCAAAUUUUUAUCAGACGAGCUGAUUAUUGACACAGAAAAAAUCAACGAAAAUUACACCUUUGGGGGAGAAAAAGGGGAAGCUAUAAAGCCUGAAGAUGAAGGAGAAGAUGAUCCUUUAAUUAAAGAAAUACGUGACAUGGCCAAAGAUUGCUUAAAAUAUAUGCACGGAGAGCUUGCAGUAAACCAAGAAUUCCAGUUCUACCCUUUGCCUCCUACAUUUCGUCCCCAAACAGUAAGAGGAUUAAAAACUAUAGAUCUAUCAAGCACUUUUAAAAAAGUGUCAGAAAACCACCCAAUAAUUGAAGAAGUCAGCUCAGAAAUGUCCCCUCACGAAUCUUUAGCCACUCCAAAGCGACAUGAAGAAGAUGGCGUUUAUCAUGCAGUUCUUGGAAUUGUUCUCAAAAAAACUAUUGAAGGUGCUGACAUUAUUGAUGACUCUGACCACAUAGAAUCUAAAUCCGGUUUAACUUUAUUACAAGAAAUCGUAUCCCGAGCCUCUUUAGAGCUAAAGCAUAAAGCCAUGCAAGAUAUGCUGAUGCUUACCAAAUGAAACUCUUCUAAUUCCUCUAUUUUAGCCCAAGACGCUGAUUGGCAUUAUUGGUUGCUUAAUUUAUUAUUUGAGACUCCUGAGCAUCAAGAUGAAGGAAUUGCGAUUUUUGACUUAGGCUCAAGAAUACAUACAAUAGUUAUGAAACAAGCUAUGCUAGCUGACGAAGAAGGCUGGAAACAUAUAAGGAGACUUAUAUAUUGGUACGAAAUGAAGAGAGACAUAGAAAAAGCCAGAAAUAUAGUAAAAAGUUUACUAGAAAAACUCAGUGAGUCCUUACAGUCAAACUCUAUGGGAUGCAGACCUGCACUUGUGUCGACACUAUGAAAAAAUUUGGUAAUUACAAGUUAUUUGUUAGAAGAGUUUGUGAUUUAUUCAAAAUCAAGGUCAGAGGAGGAGCUUGGGGAGUCAUUAAUAAUGGCUGACGAAUGGGAAGAUGCUGCUGUUAUGGAUCUUUAUUUCCAAUUGCUUGACCCUAUAUGGCCAGUAGUCCUUUUUAGCAAUAAAGAAUCAAAGUAUGAAGAAGAACAUAUCCAGCUUAUUAAUACUAUAGAAAAAGCUGCACAGACAGCGUUCAAGACUGAUAUUCAGCUGCUUAUUUUUGAACCUCCAGGAGAGCUCAAGCCAAGAGGACUAUUUAUUAAAACAAUCAUGCACUUGGCCUGCAUGAGCGUAAAAGCUAGCACUAAUGAAGAACAGACAAAGCUUUGGCUGUCUAUUGUGGAAAGGUUGAUUAAAUUUAUAUUGCUGGUGUCUGAAGCAGGGAAAAAACAAAUGCAAAGCCAGACGACAAAAGUUCUUAAUGCAUGCAUUUUAUAUACAGUUGGAUUCUUUGCUUCUUAUUUAGACGAGCUCAGAGAAGAUCAGAAAACACAGCAUAUUCAAACAUCGGUCACAAAUAUUUUGAAAUAUGCUGAUAUAAUUAAUGAAAAUUCUUACUGUUUAGCCACUUCCCUAUUUACAAUAAAAUAUACGAUGACAGCAACCAGCAGGAUCUUAUAUUUUCUAUAGAUCGGUAUAUAUUUUUACAGUCUACAUAUCAAGCUUAAAAUCAGGCCAAAAUCAAGGAUUUAAAGGAUUUUUAAGAUCUGGCUUUGUUUCUACAACAGUAAGUGAAGAUGUUGCUACAAUAAUUCUGCAAUAUUUAUCUGACACUGAUAUGGAUCGCUUAGAAAGCAUGAUGGCUGACAAUUUUGAAACUCUUGACUAUCUAAUCACCACUGACGACUGGAAAUUCGCUUUAAUAUCGGCAGCUUCCCAAGUAAACGACCAAUUUGAUAACAAAAUUAGAACGAAAAAUAUUUGUCAGCAUAGAGAAAAAGUCGCAGAAAAACUUAGCAAGGAGUGAGACGCAUUAAGCAAACAAGUUGAGGAAACCAAUACAAGAAUAAAUAACCAUGUGCAGAAAAUUGCUAACGAUAAAUCAAGUGAUGAAGAAAGGAAAAUAAAUAACGCAAUUAUCUAUAAUGAAGAAAGAACGAGGCAAAGGAAGCAUAUGCUGAAUAAAAGAAUGAGACUUUUAACUGAAUGGAGAGGGCCGUGGCAUGUUGAACAAGAAAUCAAACUUGAGCCUUGCCAGCUAAUGGAUUGGCAAUACACUCGACCCAUUCUAAAAAUAAGAUCAGAUAAAUUCAAGCCUUUUAUGAAACAAGAACAAGUACCACUUUUACUAUAAAUAUGCAAAUAAAAAUUUUGCUCAAUAAUUUAAUGUAUACAUUGAAAAUUUAUUUGCGAAAGCAUGCUAUUGGCUAGAUGAGCUGUGGCAUCUUCUGAAAGCCGGAGGAUUGAUUUUAUCUACAAAUUUGGUAAAAACAACUCCGGAAAUGGCAAAUCCACCCGAUACGAUAGAUUUGCCAUUCUGAAGUUGGCUUUGUCAACAUUUGUGCUCCAAGAUUAAUCCCCUAAUCUCUGAAGAUGUUGGGAGCUCAGUGAGUCAAUAGCAUGCUAUCACUAUAAUACAAAUUUCAGAAAAUCCCAAUUUAUUAAAAGAGCUUUCGCCAAUUAUUUUAAGGAAAGCUUCAGAAAUUGAAUAUGAAGAAGAUGAUAAAUCUAUGAACACUGAGUCUGAAGAGCCAAGUGCGAGAGCUUCAUUAAAGCCAAAAAUUGACUCUUCUUUAGCUUCUAUUUUAAGCCAUGAAAGUUUUAGUAUCCAAUCAGAAGUCGGAAUUAUUAAUACAUUAACAGUGAGAUAUGGAAUACUUCAGCUCAUUACAUCAAAAAAAGAACAAAAAUUGCGGUUCAUUUAUGACCCAGAAGUCAGGCACAAAUUUCAAUCAAAUGUAGAGCUUUUCGAGCAUUCAGCAUCACCAAAUAAAUCAUAUAUAAGUUUAAAUUUAAGUUUAUUGAAUUACUCUAGCAUUAAAAAUGCCUAUAAAGUCCCCUUGCCUGAGGUUCAGCUAAAUUAACAGCUCUGAGCAACGGUAGGUGAACCGGCCUAACCGUCGAACCGUUAAAGUUAAUAAACCCGUUGUUUCUUCUCUAGUCAGUGCCAGACAUAGCAGUGAGCUUUCUCUUCAAAGCCGAAGCUCUCAAGAAGUUGACUUCUCUCACUGAGCUCGGUAUAUAGGUCCAUCCUGUUUGAGCAGGAGCUAGGACCUAUCCCUAGCUGACAUUUUUAAUAUUGUGAAAUCAUAUAUAAAAGAUUGGAAUGUAGAAUCUUUGGAUGUAGUUUUUCCGAAAACCUAUGUAAUGAGAAAUACAGCCGCUGAGUUUUUCUUUAAUGAUGGCAGAAGUGUAUUAUAAAGAGCUUAAUUAAUUAAGUAUUUAAAAUAUUAAUAAAUUUAGAAGCUAUUUUCUAUCAAAACUAAGAGUUAUAAAGCACGCUGAUUGAAUUUAUAUUAAAAUAGUAUAAUAAACUUUACUAAUCCUAAUGAGAGGCAUGAUUUUGUGAGCCAAAUUAAAAAAAUAAAGAAAAAUGCUGUUAAAAAUUUGGAAUUUUUCAAAAAACCAAACCCAGUAAAAUUCAUGGCAGAAAGCGGGAUGACUGAAAAGUGGAUGAAUUGGGAAAUCAGCAACUUCGAAUAUUUAAUGUAUCUGAAUUAUGCAGCUGGAAGAUCUUAUCAUGACUUAACACAAUAUCCAGUUUUUCCAUGGGUUAUUAAUGACUACCAAUCUCCUACCAUUGACCUUAAUAAUGAAUCUAUAUAUAGAGACCUUUCCAAAAACAUGGGCAGCUUAGGCUCAGUUGAAAGAGCCCAAAGCUUCAAAGAGAGAUUUUCUUCAUUUGGCUUCCCUGAAGAAAUUCCUCCAUUCCAUUUCGGCUCUCACUACAGCAACCCUGGAAUUGUUUUCCACUAUUUAUUAAGGCUAUUCCCAUACUCUGAAGGCGCCCGAGAGCUUCAUGGCGGCAAAUUUGACCUCCCAGACAGACUUUUCAGCUCAAUUUCUGAGUCUUAUAGGCUUUCUACUGAUGAUAUUGCUGAUGUCAGAGAAUUAAUCCCUGAAUUUUAUUAUCUGCCUGAAUUUUUGAUCAAUAAAGAAGACUACGAUUUUGGCUUAACACAGCAAGGCAAUAAAAUUAAUAAUGUCCAGCUUCCUCCAUGGGCGAAUUCUGCUUACGAUUUUAUCAGAAUCAAUCGAGAGGCAUUAGAAUCCGAUGUUGUCUCAGAAAGAAUCCACAACUGGAUAGACCUUAUUUUUGGAUAUAAACAAAGAGGCGAUGAAGCAGAAAAAGCAAUGAACAUUUUUUAUUAUAUGACUUAUGAGUCUAAUAUAGAUCUAGACAAAAUCGAAGACCCUACCCUGCGAGCUUCUAUUGAAGCUCAAAUCGUUCACUUCGGAAAAACCCCUUCACAAUUAUUCAAAAAGCCUCAUCCGCAGCGAGAAAAUCCCCACAAAUUCAGCCCUGGCCCAACAGUUAUAUCUAAAGAAGCCAAACUGAAAAUUUAUUUCCCUCAAUAUCGCAAGCCUUUUGAUAAGCCUUUUAGCUUCAUGAAUUAUUUUGAUCUCCCUGACAAAGCUAUACUAAAAGCUAAAAUGUAUAAAGAUAAAGAAAUCUUCGCAAUCAGGAGAAAUGGGAAUUUAAUUAAAUAUAGCUGGUGGCCUACUCCUAUGGGUGAAUGUAAAACUCCAUUUACAUGUGCGAAUAAUAAAGAAAUUCAGCUACUAAAGGACCAAAAAUCAUGGACUAUUGAAAAUCAAGACAGAUCAGCUAUAGGAUUUAACGCCCCAAUUGAGAUUAUGGACCAAGGAAAAAUCAUAGUGAAAGGAGGGUUUUGGGAUGGAAGACUGACGGUCCAGAAAGCAAAUGUAAAGGACCAUCCUCAUAAAUGGUGCCAUCAUAAUACAAUUACAUGUAUUGAUAUAGAUGAAGAAGAAAAAGUAGGGAUAACUGGAGGAAAAGAUGGAGAUGUAUUGGUCUGGCAAGUUAAAGGAGAUACAUGGCAGCCUAGAUGGCAAUAUAUUGAGCAUGAUGAUCAAGUUAUGUCAGUCACUAUAUGUCAAGAACUUCGGCUAUUUGCAAGCUGUUCUUUGGAUGGAACCUGCAAUAUUUAUUCGCUUAUGAAAGGCAGACUUAUUAGAGUUAUCAGUCUUCCAAAUUUUUCCCCUAUUUAUAUGGUCAAAUUUUCCCCAGCGGCUCCUGCAAAAGUAGUGUUAUUUUCUUCUCAAGAAAGCUGCUUAUACUCAUUUUCUAUUAAUGGAGAACCUUUAUAUAGAGUUCAUGAAAGGUGUGUCCAUAUGACGAGUCCUAUUAUUUUGAGAAAUUUAAACCAACAGGAAUUUCUUAUUUAUGGGACUGAAACUGGAGAUAUUGUGAUCAGAUAUGCAUCGACACUUGAACCGUUGAGGAGAUUUUCAAUUACUGGAGGAUCUCCUGUGCUGACGUUGAUGGCUAAUAAAGACCUCAGAUUUCUGCUUGUUGGGUGUGCUGAUGGAGAAUUGGGCGUAUUAACUGAUCCUGACGCGACUCUUUUGGUAUUGGAAAAGCAAUGACAACUUGGAAAUGUAUCUUUUUCCCUAUCAAUUGAUAAUAAUUUUUCCUUUUUUAAUAAUAAAUAAUUAAUUAAUAUAUAAUAAAUACUUAAUCUCGGCUAA